UGGCCAGAUUCGUCGUGGAGGUUGGCGGCGGCCAUUCAUUCUUCUGCGGUCCAUGGAAGACGUGGAACAAAAAAGAGCAGAAGACUGCACACUCGAAGGAAAGGGAAAGCUCGCCCGAAUCUUAUCUCACACCUGAAAAGAGAGGAAAACAACCAGCCACUUUGACGAAGGGAGUCUUCCAUCGCGUGGGAGUUUUCAAACGCUUGCUUCAGCAUCUCUCUGUCUGUCCCACUCGACUCCUCGUUCUCGUCAUCCCUCGGCGGCAGAUUCCACCCGGAGGUUCCACGUGAGAGGUGUGACCUGGCUACCGGAGGUUGGACGCCACCUUAAAACGAUGUAGAGGCGGAAAGCGCUGCCAAACUGCCAGGAGGCGGCCAGCCAAUCAAACGGCGGUCAGAAGUUAACACCAAGCAGCAAGGUGACCUGGAAAACAAAAAGAGUUCUUCCACUCAUAAAAAGAGCUGAAGAGGACCGAAAAAGGAGAGGCAAGGACUCAACAGGAGUUAAGUGGCCACAACAUGGACCAGACAAAUUAAAAGGACUCCAGAGUACCAGUGGGACUGACGGAAGGAAGGAAGGAGAAGACUGACAAAAGGGACGAGAAGAAGAACUGAAUGAGGAGAAUGACAGAAACAAGGAAUUAAAUGGAAGACUAAACCCAAAGACUUAAACAAGGAGUGAAAGGGCUCAAAGAAGGCGAGGAAGGACUUAGAGAAGGACUUGAAGGACUUUUAAGGGCUCAGGGAAGAACUGAAAAGAGCUAGAAGAACCUGAAGGACUAAAACACAAAUUGAAAGGGCUUCACACAAGGAAGUGAAGGACUUCAAGAACUGGAAGGACAAGGACUUAAAAAAAACACUCAAGCAAGAACUGGAGCCAGAAGCAGAGCGGACUGAAGAGGACCUAAUACCAGCACUUGUGGGACUCCUAAAACAAGAACUUUUAGAAGAACCUGAAGUCCACAAAAGCCGUGAAGGAUUCGCGGAAGAGCUGAGACUUUGGCGUCAACCAUGUGCCACGUGAUCGUGACGUGUCGCUCCAUGCUGUGGACGCUGCUGAGCAUCGUGGCGGCCUUCAGCGAGCUCAUCGCUUUCAUGAGCAGCGACUGGUUGGUGGGCUUCCCACGCACGCCCGAGCGCCACCACCACGGCUCCUCCUCGCCGUCGGCCGGCGAGGCCUACCGCCCCACGCUGGGCAUCUACGGCCGCUGCGUGAAGCUGCCGCACCUCCAGCGCGGCGGCGUCCUGUGCGGCCCGUACGCCGUCCACUUCGGGGAGAUCGCCAGCGGGUUCUGGCAGGCCACGUCCAUCUUCCUGGCGGCCGGCAUCCUGCUGCUGUGCGCCGUGGCCUUCAUCUCCGUCUUCACCAUGUGCUUCCAGAGCAUCAUGAAGAAGAGCAUCUUCAACGUCUGCGGACUGCUGCAAGGCAUCGCCGGCCUGUUCCUGAUCCUGGGCCUGAUGCUGUACCCCGCCGGCUGGGGCUCGGAGAAGGCCCGCCUGUACUGUGGCGUGGAGGCGUCGCCGUACCGGGUGGGCCUGUGCUCCAUGGGCUGGGCCUUCUACACGGCCGCCGGCGGCACGGCGCUCACCUUCCUGUGCGCCGUCUUCUCGGCGCAGGCCGAGAUCGCCACGUCCAGCGACAAAGUGCAGGAGGAGAUUGAGGAGGGAAAGAGCCUUAUCUGCCUCCUCUGAACGCCGCCCACGCCAAAGACUCGGUCGGCCGCGCUGUAAAUAAGUGUACAUACGCUCGCAUCCUUCUUUCAGGGGUUAAGCCACUCCAACUAAUAAAGAAAAAAUCCACUCUGUGUGGAAUGAUCCACAUUGCAAUGGCUUUCUGUUUUUCCAGGUGUG